UGGCGGCCGCUAGCCAUCCCCACCCAACCAACUCUAUCUACCCUGGCCUGCCCAGUGUCCUCUCUCCGAUGGUGCGGAUAGCGGUACCGGCGAUACACCUGGUGGGAUGCGUCCUUCUUCUCGCGAAAGCGGGUGCUGAAGAUCCCCCGCCGGAGUCAUGCCAAGUUGAUGUCUUCCCCAACGAUGAGUUCGCCGUUUGCAACGUGGGGUCGUCCUGUCGAGGCGAGUACAACCGCGCCAACGGUACCCUGAACAAGAUGUGGCAGGAGGAAAUCGGCAUCGUGUGGAAGCGCAUCAACAGCGAGCGGAGCCGGGUCAUGCUUAACGAGUACCAACCAGUCACGGUGCCAAAGUUUACCGAGCUUGGGUACAAGAAGGAGAAGCUGAACCCGGACACUUACGCGUACCUCAUGGAGUGGUACCACAGCCAGAUGGAAAACAAGGCGCCCGUGACCGAAAAGUGGGCCCCGGACAACACCUACGUUAACCAUUGGGAGGUCGAUACCAAGAUGACCGCCGCGCCGACGAGGAUCCACAGGCGCUUGUAUCAGGACCUGCUUCCUGUGAUGGAGGAGUGGUCCGGCAUCAAGCUCAAGUCUACUGCAUGCUACGGGGUGCGACACUACUACAGGGGCAGCAUCCUCGCGAACCACGUCGAUCGGGUCGACACGCACGUCAUCUCCGCAAUCAUCAACGAGAAUGUGGACACGGACUGGGGUUUGUAUGUCCGCGGCCACGAUGGUGUUGCCAGAGACCUCUUUAUUGAGCCUGGAGAGAUAAUCUUCUACGAGAGCGCGAGCGUCAUCCACGGCAGACCGCAGGCAUUCCAGGGCAGCAGAUUCGCCAACAUUUUCGUCCACUUCUCGCCGGCGGAAGGCUGGGACGUGACGACCAAAGACGUGCAGAGGGCUGCAAAUCUCGGGAAAACGCAAAAGGGGCAUGAGGAGAGCGCCACCGAUAAAAAGGCAAGGGCCUUGUGAGAUGCCUCGCUUGCGGCACCUUUCCGCGGUGCCGUAUAUUUCUUUCUUUCUUUGUGGUGUUGUUUGCGGCGUGAAAUUGUUGAUUUAGGGUGUUGCCGCGUUGGCUGGGAGGGGUAAUAGAGAGGACGGUGCAUUUGUUUGCUGUCAUGAAAGCUGCUAGUAGCCGGGAUCAAAGACGUGGCGGUAGAGUUUUGCGGCGAACUGCAGAGAUGGGCGGCGUCCUCUGUCAGGCCUUCGUUGAGUGUAUGUUUGCAUGUUGUAAUGCUGCUCUACGUGUUUGUGCUUAGUGCCCGCGUCGGGCCCAUGCCUCGAAAACUUGCCGGAGAUGAUGGUUGGGACUGUUGUUCUGACCGUUCGUUUUUUACUUGAAGGAAUCAGUCAAACCCGCUAUUUUUUCAGGGAUGUUCAAGAACAGAACCGAUGUGUUUUCACAGUAGAGAUGGUCAAGAACAGUUGUGUGCUGUUAUUCGUUUGGUCUAAUUUUUGUGUCCUCAAGAAGCCGGAGGGAGGGCAUUGUCGGGUGUUUCAAGUUUGUAUUUCCCGGGAGGAUGGCGCGGUCUGCGUCGUAAGGGAAAAUGGGCGAGUUAGCCUGUUUUGCAGCACAAAAGUGCCCGGAUUCUCGGCACGGUAAUUUGGGCCAGUUUUUUUUGUUGGUUGGAGUGAGUUCCUUGUUCUCAAUUGCUAGUCUCUUGUAUGGAACGUGAUGUUGUCUGUUUGAUGCCCUUGGACGCCAUUGUGUUUCUUGCGUGCAUUUGCCCUCGACGUGAUGCCCUUGGACGGCAGUGUGUUUUUUGCCUGCGUUUGCUCUCGACGUGAGGCGUGGCAUCGCAUCAGGUAGCUCAAGAGGUAGAAUUGCUCCUUUGGCGAACCUGUGCAUCGUCCUCUGCUGUGGCGAGUUGGCCUCCCUGGCUGCGCGUUGUCAGGGCUGCAUGCCAUCAGUAGAACAGGUGCAGAGACGAAAAUGGGGUAUAUUUUCAAUCAGAUAAUUGAUCUCCGUAGGAGCUUGUGCAGGGUUGCCGAUCGCCGGCGGUCUGGUCGGGACACCUCUUGCACGGCACGAUAACCCGACUCGAGCCCAUGUAUCACUCACGAGGCGGCGGCCUUUUUUGCUUACCAU